AUGUAUUUGUGCCGUGCUUAUACAUUUUAUACAUGGUACAAGUGCCAUAAAUGUGGUGAAAGUAUAAAUCAUGAACAUCCUGGUUGUGCAGCUUUAGGUAAAACAUUUCAUAUCAAAUGUUUCACUUGCAAGGAAUGUAACAAACUACUUGCUGGUAGCGCAUUUUAUAAUGUUGGCGGUGAACCGCUUUGUGAGGAAGAUCAUAUGAAAACGUUAGAACGAUGUACCAGUUGUGGUAAACCAAUUAAGGGGAAACUGUUACGUGCAACCGGUUCUGCUUAUCAUGCGGAAUGUUUCGUAUGUAUCGAUUGCAAGAAAUGCUUGGACGAAGCUCCGUUUGCCACUGAUUCAGCUAAUAACGUACAUUGCGUUAAGUGUUUCCAUGAUAAAUAUGCUCCGCGAUGUGCAGUAUGCUCGAAGCAAAUUAUGCCCGAGAAUGAUAGCGAAGGAUCAGAACGAAUUGUUGCAAUGGAUAAAAGUUUUCAUGUUGAUUGCUUCCGAUGCGAAGACUGUCACACACUACUAAAUUCUGAAAUUGAAGGACAAGGAUGUUAUCCAUUGGAUGAACAUUUGUAUUGCAAAAUUUGCAACAGUAAACGAUUGAUGGCAUUACCGAAUGAAUCGUAA